AUUAGCUUUUAAGCACUGCAAUGCUGCACAGUGUCAGUGCAAGAUCUCAAUAACACUUCUCUACCAUUGUGCCACAUUGCCAAAUUUUAUUCACAACCACCCAUCUGCGACAAUGGACUUAAUUGGAACUGGAACUCUUUUUCUGGUUCUCUGCAUCACCUGCCUCGUAUUCCUCUUCAUGUAUAUUGAGAACAAUAAGUGGAAGGACAUGCCGCCUGGACCUACUCCGCUUCCUCUCCUGGGAAACAUCCUACAGGUGAACAUGAAAGAGUUGCCUAAGUCAUUAGUAAAGCUCGCCAAGACUUAUGGAGAUGUAUUUACUGUUCAUCUUGGACCAAGGACUGUGGUUGUCUUACAUGGAUAUGAUGCAGUAAAGGAGGCUUUGGUGGACAAUGCCAACGUCUUUAGCCAUAGGGCAAAAGUUCCUGCAGCUGAACUUAUUUUUAAAGACUAUGGCGUUAUUCUUAGUAAUGGGGAGCGUUGGAAACAGCUGCGUCGCUUCUCUCUCACCACUCUGCGUAAUUUCGGAAUGGGGAAGAAGAGCAUUGAGGAACGAAUCCAGGAGGAGUGUUGGUAUCUUAGAGAUGAGUUUAAGAAAACAUCAGGUGCACCUAUUGACCCCACGUACCUCUUGACCGUUGCUGUUUCCAACAUGAUCUGUUCUAUUGUAUUUGGAGAGCGUUUUGACUAUGAAGACAAGGAGUUCAUUGGUAUGCUUGCCAUGCUAAAAGAAGCUUUCAAGAUAAUAAGCUCUUCCAUUGGGCAGCUCCUCAACUCUUUUCCAAAACUUGUCAGUCAUAUUCCUGGACCUCACCAGAAAGUAUUUAGCAAUUUUUCCACAUUGAAAGAGUUUGUGAAGGAAAAAGUGAAGGAACAUCAGGAGACGUUGGACAAGAACUUCCCUAGGGAUUUUAUAGAUUGCUUCCUUAUGAAGAUGGAGGAGGAGAAGGAAAAUCCUAACACAGAGUUCCACUUUGAAAACUUUUUUGUCACCGUCAUGAACCUUUUCUUUGCUGGAACAGAAACUACCACAACAACUUUGAGACAUAGUUUGAGGAUUUUGCUUAAGUACCCAGCCAUUCAAGCCAAAGUUCAGUCAGAAAUUGACCAGGUGAUUGGCCAGAACCGACCUCCCUCUAUAGAGGAUCGGGAAAAAAUGCCGUAUACAGAUGCUGUGAUCCAUGAAAUACAGAGAAUUGCAGAUAUCGUGCCUCUGGGUGCACCCCAUGCAGUAUCUGAAACCACCAUCUUCAGAGGCUACACGAUCCCCAAGGGCACCACUGUUUUUCCUCUUCUGACCUCUGUCUUGAAGGAUCUAAAACACUUUCAAAACCCAGCGGUAUUUGAUCCCAGUCACUUUCUGGAUGAGAACGGCAGGUUCCAGAAAAAUGAAGCUUUCAUGCCAUUUUCCGCAGGGAGGAGGAUCUGCCUUGGAGAAGGAUUGGCGAAAAUGGAGAUCUUUAUUUUCCUCACCUUCUUCCUGCAGAAUUUCAACUUGAAAUCUGAUGAGAACCCUUCAGAUAUUGACAUUUCCCCUCUGCCCAACACCAACGGCACUAUGCCGCGACCUUAUGAAAUACGUUUUGUCCCAUGCUAACAGUAUGUUACUAACAGUUCCAUCUACUCUAGCUGUUUCAGAGCUAAUAAAACUGUAACUUGUAUUAAGUAAUGUUGAUUUCGAAAAAAUUCAUAUACAGCAAUAGAAAAUUUCCAAAUGGAAUCGCAGGACAAUACUGGGGACCUACCUUCGAUAAUUUGCUUUUUCAAAUCCAUAAUUUCAGCACUGACUAGAGAAGUUCCUGAAUACAGGCUGGUGACUUUUAAUUGUAUAACUCCUGCCAUACACUGGAGUGUCAGUACCACAAAAAAAAAUUGUAAAGAAGUUGAUUAAACGAUUUUGUUUGCAUGAA